AUGAGUCAAACAAAAAGCAUUAAUACACGUGUCACUGAUGAAAAUUCAAUUGUUCGAUCUUCUAUUCCAUUAGAAGUGCUAUGUCAUAUUCAUCGACCAAUUGUUUUUCUUUGGUUUGUUGCUGAAAUCUUGAUAUUUGUUUGGAAAGGUCUUAUUGGAUGGCCAUCCAAUUGGACAAUAUACGGUUUUGAAAUCUUCGCAUUAUGUCUUACAUUAACAUUGGAAUAUAUUCGUUUAGAAUUAAUUAUAUAUGCAAAUCUUACUGAACAAUUAUUUCAUACAAUGUGUGGAUUUUUAUUAACAUUAAUAUCGAUUGUAUCAAUUCUUUAUUGGACAAUAUGGCAAUGGCUUGUAUUAAAACUUGAAUUUGUUCUUGGUUGUAGUCAACUUGGAUUAUGUUUCUUUGAAUUAAUUCUUGUAAUCACAGCAUUUAUGUCGUUUUGUAAGAAAUCACCAAAACAAAAGACAGAUUAA